AUGAAAGGAUCUCAGCUUACCACCGUGUGUGUCGUGCUCCUGCUGGUGACGAUCGUAGCGUCGGUCAAGGGGGGUAUGUGCGUGCGGUUGCGAUCCUCGAAGGAUAUCAAAAUUAUAACCCUAACCAUCAUUCAACCACCGGCAGCCAUCGUUCGAGAAUGUAAAUCCGAGCAACGGUGCGUACAGAUAGCACUGUGUGGACAAUAUCUGCACUAUGUCAACGAAGCCCCCAAGAACUGGCCACCGAGCGUACGUCAGGAAGCGAUCAAUCAGCUCUGCGAAGUGCAAGUGUCGGUGAACGGUUCCAAGGUUUAUUACAUUUGCUGCAACCAAAACGAAAUACUGUGUGGUGUUUCUAGAGUGCAACUAAUAGCCUAUGGACAGGAGGCUCGAGCCUAUGCAUUCCCAUGGAUGGUGUUGCUGGAGUCGAGCUUGAGCGCAGAGCUACCGUGUGGUGGCAGUUUGAUCAACGAUCGACACGUCCUCACAGCUGCGCAUUGUGUUAAGGCUCGUACAAUCACCGCUGUACGCAUCGGAGUGCACGAUCUCAAUGCAGACGAAGAUGGUUGUAACGAUCGUAUUCGCUUUGCAGACGAUUAUGGCGUCAUCGAUGAAGACGCCGAGUAUAGAGAAGGUGAGUAUUCCGCCAGCUGUGGACCGCCGGAACAGCGCAUCCCCAUUGAGACGAUUGUGACUCAUCCGAAAUACAGUCCCCGGUCGAAGCGCAACGACUUGGCGAUCAUACGCCUUCGGUUUCCCGCCGUCAUCGGAUACACUGUUAUUCCCAUUUGUCUGCCGCUUACCGAUCAACUGCGUGCAUACCGACCGUCGGACUCUUUCGUUACCGGCUGGGGGGUAACGGAAACUGGAGAACGUUCGGCGGUCCUGCGGUACACCGUUCUGCCGACACUUCCUCUGCCGGACUGUGCGAUGCGUAUCAAGGAGCUUGAUCGAAUGAUCGUACUAGACGAUGGGCAUCUGUGCGCCGGUGGAAACAAUAAAUCUGCCCACUGCCAGGGCGACUCCGGUGGCCCGUUGCAGUACAUCUCCGAUUCCACGCGGUUCGUCCUGCAAGGAGUAGUUUCGUUUGGGGUGAAAUCGUGUGGCACUAAAAUUGCACCGGGUGUCUUUUCGAACGUUAGUAACUUUAUCGAUUGGAUAGUGCAAGAGGGAAAGGUGCUGACGUAG